GGUUGGAAGUGGGCGGGUUCAAAUCUCAUCACUAGGAGAGGGCCGAGUACUAGUUGCAAAGCGGAAAGAAAAUGGCGGCCGUGGCUGCGGAGCCAGGAGCUGCUGCUGCGGCAUCAACAACAGCGGGGGACGGGGUGGAGUACGACCCCGAGCCAGGAGAGCAUGUGGACGAACUACACGUCCGUUCGACGCCCGACUUCGUCCCAGUAACGGAGCUCAGUUACCAACCCGAGGAUGUGGAUGCAGUUCAGGAAUGCAGUCAUGUCCAAAUGGAAAUCAGAAGGCCGGACCCUCAAGCCGCGGGAAAAGCCCUCGCUGCCCAUGCGGACGGUGAGCAAACCGACAAGGGGGAUUCCUGGGGGCGCUUGGACGCAACCGAGCAGCCCGUGCUUAUGGACUACAGGUACACGGGCGUUUCUGAGUACGGGGAACGUUUAAAGGAUUCGUACUCGCCAAAGGUGGAGGCUGCGAGCGAUGUCUAUCCUCUCGAAACCAGCCCCUGCCUUCUCCCGAACCCCAUCCCCGACUCCCAGCCCUCCGUGGUCUUCUUGCAUUCUCUCCCCACUCAUCCUUCGGAACCCGAAACCGGACUGUCUCUCGCCGAGCCAGCCGAACCGACUGUCAAUUAUGACUCUAAUCCCGUAUCGACCCAUCAUACUGAUCUCGAGUGUGAACUGAUAGGCUUCACGCAGCCGGAGCCCGAACCCGCUAAUGACGCUCCCGGGUCAGAACACAAAAGUCACGAGGAUGCGUUUCUUGAAAUCCCGAACCCAUCGGAUCAUGUGGACUCGCUGUCAAACGCAGAGGAAACGUCACUGGGGGAGUCAGUGGGACAGAGCUGCAUUAGUGACUUUUCUACUGUUUCUAGCACAGACUCUCCAGAACUAAAUGCGGUCGUGAAGCAGUCGCUCAUCUCAUCCUCGGAAUCGGAGGAGGUGCACUCGCAUCCUCUUCACGAAAAGAGUUUUGAAACGGACCUCAGUGAACCUGAUGGGGUGUCAGAGUCGAAGCCCCCGGUUCUGUGUGCUGAGCCCGACACGGUUGGCAGUCUCGUGCUCGGGUCAGAGGUUCGUGUCACACUGGAUCACAUCAUCGACGAUGCGCUCGUGGUGUCGUUCCGUUUAGGCGAGAAGAUCUUCUCCGGAGUUCUCAUGGACCUUUCGAAAAGGUUUGGACCUUACGGAAUUCCUAUAACGGUGUUCCCCAAGAGAGAGUACACGGACAAACCAGAAUCUAUGCAGCUAAAGACGGAAGCAUUCCAGUCAGAGACGGAUAAAGGUGUCACUCAAGGACAUACUGAUUCCCCAGUUAAGGAUCCGACGGAUGCUCCUGAUGCCCCUCUUAAGGACGCUACCGAAGCCCCUGCUGUGGCCCAGCCCUGUCCCAACCCUCAGCCCAACCCAUGGACCUCAAAACCUCCUCCCUUGUUUCAGGAGGGGGCCCCUUAUCCACCCCCGAUGUUCAUCAGGGACACCUACAACCAGUCAUUACCUCAGCCUCUACCCCGCAAAAUUAAGCGGCCCAAGCGUAGGCUGUACAGAGAGGAGCCCACUUCUAUAAUGAAUGCCAUCAAGCUCCGACCGAGACAAGUUCUGUGCGAUAAAUGCAAAGGGACUGUAGUGCAAGGGGAUAAGCGUGAGACACGCAGAGGCCCUAUCUCAGACUGCCGUAGUGACGAUGCCAAAAGACGGCGAAAUGACAACACAACGGCAGUUGCCGGUAAGCGGCCACGCUACGAGCCUCGUUCUGAGGACAAGGGUCGUGGUACUGACGGGCCCAAGCGGCAAGCUUCAGCUAUACGGGUGUCGUCGUCCACCUCCUCUCUGGGCCAUAGUCAGGUCAAAGGUGCAGCUGCUGGUAACAAAGUUGUGAAGGGCGUGUCCAGUACGACCCAAUCCUCGGCCAACGCCCGCAUGCAGCUCAAUGCCAAAAAAGUGCUUCAGAGCAAAAACGUCGACCACUCCAAGGCACGAGAGGUGCUUAAGAUGGCCAAGGCUCAGAGAGGACAGAGAGACACACUCACAGGUAGCGGUGGGAAUUCCAAGGCCAUAACCCGGGCCGCUGCUCUCCAGGAAGCCCACCAGAAGGUCCACUUCACCCGAAGACUGCAGCAGAUCAGUGGAGGAGGUUCCAACCCCUUGCCACCCAGGAUGCGUAUCAAGCCCCAAAGGUACCGUAACGAAGAGAACGAUUCUUCCUCAUGUAAGCCGCCUUGCUUGGAGAAAGUGCCGGGAGAGGGCCGUUUAGCGCUGCCCAAACCAGCAGCACCCCGCUGCACCUCCACACGCUCCUCCUCCUGCUCUGCAAGCCAAGCCAACAAUGCAGUAGAGUCCGAGAGGUCAGACAGAGCACUCGAGUCCCUACUGAGCACGGCCAAACCCGAUCCCCAAACGCUCCCGGCCCCGGAAUACAGGGAAACCCACGCGGGGCCAGAGGAUCAGGAGGGGCAGGAGGAAAAGCGGGAGAUGCACGGGUGCAAGUCUGGCAAUUUAGUGGUUUACAUGACCCUUAACCCCAGCCAGCCUGACUCCUCUAGUACCUCCAUGUGCAGCGUCGAUAGUGCAGAUGAUAUAAAGUCGUCAAACUCUGAGUGUAGCUCUAACGAAACAUUCGACCUUCCUCCUCCCGGCAAUUUACGGUCGGCCCCUGCCCCUGGCACAUCCUCCGCUUUUGCCUCUGCCUCUCCCUCUGCUCCCAAGGACGACAAAAAACGCAGUAAAUCCCACAAAGCUACCGUCUUUUCCAAAAACGUCUCAAAGUGCGUCGUCUUGGAUGGCAGGACAAUUUGUGUAGGGGACAUUGUGUGGGCCAAAAUCCUUGGCUUCCCUUGGUGGCCUGCCCGCAUCCUAGCCAUCACAGUUAGUCGAAAAGAUAAUGGGCUCUUAGUCAGGCAGGAGGCUAGAGUAUCUUGGUUCGGGUCGCCUACUACUUCCUUCCUGGCAAUUACCCAACUUGCCCCAUUUCUAGAAAACUUCCAGUCUCGCUUUGACAAGAAGAGAAAGGGCCUGUAUCGUAAAGCCAUCACUGAAGCUGCCAAAGCUGCCAAGCAGCUCACCCCAGAGGUUCGCGCCUUGCUAACUCAGUUUGAGACGUGAGGCAACGUGUCUUGGUAAGGUAGGAAACACAGGCACCCGAGUGGGCCCCGUAAACCUUCCGAAACGUCUCAAACUUUGCCGUACCAGCUACCAGAGUGAAGCCUGGCAAACAUCAGCCAGGCAACCAGAAUGAAUUUAUUUUUAUUGAAAAGGCAAGUGAAGGGGAUUGAAUCGAUUAACUGAAAUGAACAGUUAUCAUGUAGAGUAUCCGAUGUUCGUCCGUAUGUAAUCAGUCUUUUGAGUUUGUCAUAUCUUACAAUUAUAAUACUGAAAACAGAUGACGGAGAGUUCUUGGAAAAUAUUUUAUGGGUUGCCCACGAUAUUAUGGCUAGCUAAAUAGUAUCUAAAUCUAAAAGCUUUUACAAAAAAAUAAUUUGGUUCUUGAUCUGUGCACAAAUAGCAAUGUUACACCCUGAGUGGGAUUUUUAUUGAGCUGAAUAGCUUUCUCUUGAAGAAUAAUACGUUUGGGAAUCUGUCUACCUGUAUCAAUUUUUUGGUAUUACCAACUAACCGAUGCUACUUUGAGACACGGUGAACGCAAAUCUUUGGUCUGAAUCCCUAACCUAGCACAAUGAAUGCUUCAAAAAUAGUGCUCACCUUCAGUUUCGAAUCGUCCCUUCUGCAUUUCCUGUCAUUUGAAUGUGUUUCUAGAAGAACGGUUCGAUCUCCCUAAGAUUACUACAGUCCUGAAAUUCCUUACUACACUAUUUCAGUUUUCAUUUCCUCGUAAUGGAAGUUAGUGCAAUCGUGAAAGCCGGCCCUAUUGGAUACAGAGAGUCUCGCUCAGGUAGAAAAGAGACUUAAUCAGGGCUGAUCUUUCUUAGACGUUCUGAGACGACUAAUCUAAGUCCAGUGAUCUGUGCAGAUGGCUGUUGAUCUGGGUGUGGCUUUUGGCCAGCCAUGGAUUUGAAGGCAGUUGGGCUUCUGUUAUGGGGGGGAGGUGCCUGUAAGCCAAAGUCACCUCAAGUGCCACUGUGGGGAGAGCAUAGCGACUACGUAAAUACCAGCUCGGAGCUGGAGAAACAUGCCAGCCUAUCUGUGCGCCCGCCUCCCUCGGCCCUCGCAGCUACAACAUCUGCUCCCUGAGCUCAUUUCUCCCUAAUCUACUUGCCCAGCAUCUUUUUCUUUCCCCCACCUUGUUUUGCUCCCUCCUGCUGUCGUCAUAUGUUUGUCUUAGAUUGUUUUUUACAUCCACGUCUGAUUUUUGUGUGCUAAAUGUUCCCGUCGUUCAGCCUACCCACCAGCCACAUUUUGAAUGGAUUUUGGCGUGCAUAUUUUUUUUAUGGCACCAUAAUGUUUAUUCAGUUUAGACAUCGCAUUAAGAAGCAAACUGUAAGUUUUCAAGCGAAUCAUGUAGCUGCAAUGGAAUACAAAUACCAAAACCUGUUCCAUUAAAUAACUUUAAGAAAACACUUGACGGCUGUGGUGUCCUUCUGAAAAAGAAGGGCAUUGGUGCAAGGGCCAUAGUUCUCAUGUGUGAAUAUGUUCGUCAUAAUUAUGGGCUGCUUUAGUUGUUCAGUGAUCCAGUAUUCAUUGUCAUUCACUGAAAUAUUUCGCUAAGGAUUAUUGUGUUUUCAAUUAAUUAUUGUGCCUGAACUUUAUUCCCUGUCAUUUGAAUACUAUGGCUGAAGGUUUGCAGUACACAUUUCUGUGUAAAGUAUUGAAAAUGUUUUUCGACUGGUGGUUUGGAUGAAGAAUAGACUCAAUGCUGAGAACAAACAAUUUGAUUUGUGUGGAUGAGUAUUAUCUCUUUUUUCCGUGUCUGUAAUCAUGGUUAUGUCUUUGCAUCCAUUAGCGUCUUCAUCUGUCCAGUUAUAUUUACACAUCUGAGAAGGGACGUACUGUAAGGUCUUUCCAUGUGUGAUAUAGCAGGUUGAGAUCAAUGACGUAAGGAAAGAAACAAAAUGAUGCUUGGUAGGCCACACUGACUGACUGACAGAUGUUUGUCUAAAGAGUAUUUAUUUGGUGGUUGGCUGUGUUUCAUUUCAGCAUCUUAUUUUGUACUUAUUAUUUCUAUCUGUUUGCAGGUCAGAGAAUGCUGUAAAACCAUUGAAAAAAAGUAACAGUUGAAGAUAUUGUGUACAUGUUUUCUGAUGUUUCAAGAGUAUAUAAAUAAACUGUGAACUUCAAGAAUUUUA